CCUAGUUGUUCAUCUUCAAUAUGUCGGAGACUGCUCCUGCCGUUCCCGUCGCCGCGCCCCCAGCGGAGAAGACCCCGGUGAAGAAAAAGGCAGCCAAAAAGUCUGCGGGGGCGCGCCGUAAGGCGUCUGGCCCCCCAGUGUCAGAGCUUAUCACUAAGGCUGUAGCUGCUUCCAAGGAGCGCAGCGGGGUGUCUUUGGCUGCACUGAAGAAGGCGCUGGCAGCUGCCGGCUACGAUGUGGAGAAGAACAACAGUCGCAUCAAGCUUGGUCUGAAGAGCCUGGUGAGCAAGGGCACCUUGGUGCAGACCAAGGGCACUGGCGCUUCUGGCUCCUUCAAGCUCAACAAGAAGGCAGCCUCCGGGGAAGCUAAACCUAAGGUCAAGAAGGCAGGUGGAGCCAAACCCAAGAAGCCCGCAGGAGCAGCCAAAAAGCCCAAGAAGACGACUGGCGCCGCCACUCCAAAAAAGAGCGCCAAGAAGACCCCGAAGAAGGCGAAAAAGCCAGCCGCGGCUGCUGUGACCAAGAAAGUAGCAAAGAGUCCAAAGAAGGCUAAGGUUGCCAAGCCCAAGAAGACCGCCAAGAGCGCAGCUAAGGCCGUGAAGCCCAAGGCCGCCAAGCCCAAGAUUGUCAAGCCCAAGAAGGCAGCACCCAAGAAGAAGUAGAUCUGAACAUCUUCUAAAACCCAAAAGGCUCUUUUCAGAGCCACCACUGACCUCAAAAAGAGCUUAACAUCUAUCUGCCUGCUUGGUUAUCUUCCUGUAGCUCCUUACUCUAAGGCACCAUAAAGCGUUCCCUGGAUUCUUUCACAUCCACGGUGUUUCUUCUGGAUACAGAAAGUUCAGCAUCCCAUUUCUUUGUUUUGUUUUGUUUGUUUUUCUUCUGGUGCACAUAGAUUUUGAUGAGACCCAAAUUACAGGGACAGGGAUUUCUGGAGACCUGCAGCUCAGUUAUUCCAUCAUUUUCACAACGAUGAAUAUAGUGUGAGCAAAUUCCCCCAUU